UGCUCGGACGCUCUUCGAUCGCGUCGUGAGUCAGUCUCCGAAGUUCAGUGGAAGCAGCCAAACGCGUUUUUUCUGCGAUCGCCUUACAGCGACAGACACAACAGAUAAACAAGUAAACAAUGCAGUUGAAAGCCGUACACAUGCUGCUCUUGGGCAUCGUUUCUUGGAAUAUCUUUAUCGUCCAGACGCGCGUGGUCGACGAUCGCAUCGUAUUCCCCAAUGACAACGACGAAUCCACAAAUAUCUUCGAAUACAGCCCCACCAUGGUUCACAACAGAACUGCAGCAUGCAAUAUCACUGUAGCUGACAAUAGCACUAUAGUUGAUAACAGCACCAUCGUGGACGAGCUGCAGCCAGUGAGCAUCAACGUCACCACAACGGAGCUGCCCACGGUGGACAACCGCAUACUGGUGGACACCUUGGCCAAGUGCCGGCCGGGCCAAAAACUGCAUGCGGGUCGAUGUCGCAGUUCGGCUUAAGCAUGGAUUGAGACUUUAAAUAACAAAAUAUUAAAUAUUAAGUGUGUAUAAAAAAGUGAAUAAAAAUUUAUAUAUAUAUAUACAAAUGUGUAGAUAAUAAGUAUGUGCAUGCUUCACUGAAUAAAAUGUAUUUAAGGGUCGUAUAAUGAUUA